CACCGGCCGUAUUGCGGCUGUGCCUCUCAGUGCAGCUGUUGAUGGAUUUAAGUCACAUUUGGUCUUCAAAGAGAUUGAAAAGAAGCUCCAAGAGGAAGGAGAGCAAUUUGUCAAGAAAAUUGGUGGAGUCUUUGCCUUCAAAAUAAAAGAUGGUCCUGAUGGGAAGGAAGCAACUUGGGUAGUAGAUGUGAAAAAUGGUAAAGGCUCUGUGGCAGUUAAUUCAGAUAAGAAGGCGGAUUGUACGAUUACCAUGGCUGACGCUGAUCUGUUAGCUCUGAUGACUGGGAAAAUGAAUCCUCAGACAGCAUUCUUUCAAGGCAAAUUGAAGGUUUCUGGGAACAUGGGCAUGGCAAUGAAACUUCAGAAUCUACAACUUCAGCCAGGCAAAGCUAAACUUUGAGCUCAUUAGUGUAAAAAGUCAGUACUUGAUAUUCUUGACAAAAAAGUAGAAUGAAACUAGAUGUUAUCAAUAAUAUGGCGCAGACUUGGUUUGAUUGGACCUCUCUCACCUAAAUUUUGUGGUUAGAGACCUUAAUUCUCUUAAUAAAUUCCAUCAGUUUGUCUAUGGCAAAGAUUUUUAGGCUAAGCUUGAGGCACUAGCUCUUAAAAAUGGUAUAUGAGGGUUGUUUGUGACAAUUUUUGUUUUAAUCAGUAUGAAAAAUUUUAUAAAACUUAAUGUUGAAUGAAGCUGCUUAUCAGAUUAGUUGGGAAGAGAGUGAAGAAGCUUAUAAAUAGUUUGACAUAUCAGUUAAAUAAAUUGCAUUUUUUUAAAAAGCUGUAAUAGCAGGUCCUACAAAUGCAUUCAGGCUUCCAUUCUAACAAAUUUGCUGCUGAUACAUGAAAAUGGUCUUACAAAGAGGAUCUCUAACAACAUUUUUUUAGAAUAGACUUUAGGAAUUUGCUAUAAAAUACUUUUCUUAUUACUACUUUGGAAUUGAAAAAUAAACAAAAUAUCCAGAAGUAAGUAGGAACUGGAACAUUGCUUUGAGAUUUACAGGAUUUCAUAAUACUUCACCUUGAAAAAAGAUUAGGUUUGCUGGGAGAGCAGAGAGGGAGUAUAACCAAUAUUUUACCUGUUUUCGCCUGAGAAAGUCUGGGUGUUGCUUAUUAUGAAAUUCUUAUCAGUAAUGUAAAAGCUUUAACUUCUGUUUUGGGAAAAUGUUUUCUGGUUGGAAAUUUAAUAGAAAAUUAAAUAUACUUUUCCUGUUCUUC